UUCUCUAUUUCAGGAGCGAAAGGGAGGAGGAAGAAGCCUGGAAAGAUCGGAAGAUACGGGAAGAAGGAGGAGGGCACCAGGGGGAUGAAUUAGCGACGGUCUGUGAGCUAGCGAAGCUGAGGAGGAAUCCGGAAAACAGUUGUCUUCAUGGGAGGCGGCGAAAAGGGAGUCGAUGUUGCAGGCUGCAACGUUUCGUAGAACUGCAGUCAGAGAGAAAAAAGAAGUAAGCUUUGUCCUUGAUUGUGGUUGUGUUUUUCGACAAGGCGCGGGAAGGGGGAGACAGGCAGAGAGAGAAGUGUUGUUGAAUCACAAUAGCGCCAAGGAAAAAGUGUGAGCUUUCGGUGAGAAGGAAAUAGGAGUGAUGAGAGAACAAACGGGAAAAUCAGAGGAAACUGCGGUUGCUGCUGGGCUCCACCGGGAGUACUGUCGUCUCCGCUCCGCUCCCUCCUGCUCUUGGGAAAGAUUGGAGGAGCCUCAAGUGUCCGCCACUCCCUGGCUGCUCCUCCACCAGCCGGGACUAUGGAGACUUUAAGCGACACCAGCCUCAUCGAGCCUCUCAAGCCGCUGCCGCCUUCGCCGCAGAGUUCCCACCACUCCUUUGCCGAGAAGAAGCGGCUCCAUCGAGCUCCUUCCCCUGCCAGACCUUUCCUCAAGGAUCUCCACGCGCGGGCAUCUUCGGCCAAGCCUCCGCCGGUGCCUCCCAAGUCGCCCAGCCUGUCGAGCAAGACGCAGCCCCAGCAGGGGGGACCCCGACCGCAGUCGCCGGGGCUCUUGGCAACCCAGAGCCGCUUCUCCCGCCGCAGCUGCGCCCAAAGCGCAAAGGCAGCGUCGGCCCCUUUGGGAACCGGCGUGCCUGGCAAAGUCAAUACCGCCAAAUCCGUCCUCUCCAGCAAGAAAGCGGCCCGGGCCCAGGAGCAGGCGGGCGGGAAGGCCAUCGCAAGGCAGGUCGGGGGUGAGGCCGGCCACUCGUCUGGCAAGAACAAGAAGGGAAGGCGGUGCGUCCCCUUGGCUCAGCCAGGUGCCUUGGCCCCAGCCGCGGCUGCAAGGAUCAGUCACACGGACAGCAGCUCGGACCUCUCUGACUGCCCUUCCGAGCCGCUCUCCGAUGAACAGAGACUGGCUCAGGCCGCCAGCAGCGAUGCCGAGUCUGGCACCGGCUCUAGCGACCGGGAGCGCGAGCCGCCGCCACCUCCCCCUCUUCCCUCAGGGCCAGGCGGCGGCCCCCAGCAUUCCCUGCCCUCUCCGGAGCAGUCGAGCAAAGGGCCGGCCGCGGCCCCUGCUUCCUCGGCCCCCUCGGACGUCGAAGGCGAGGAGCAGGGCGAGGAAGCCACCUGGGGGAGAGGUCCGGAGAAAGCGUCCGCCAAGAGUGCGCAGCCUUCUGGGAGCCUGCGCCUGGGCGGCAAAAUCCCAGUGGUGGUUCCCUCCUAUGAAAGACAGCUGGUGGCAGACCAAGAAGAGCUGCUGAGGGAGAUAGAAGAGCUACGCUCAGAAAACGAUUACCUCAAGGAUGAACUGGAUGAACUCCGGGCUGAAAUGGAAGAGAUGCGUGACAGUUAUCUUGAAGAAGAUGUUUACCAACUACAGGAACUUCGACGAGAGCUGGAUCGUGCAAACAAGAACUGUCGUAUCUUGCAGUAUCGUCUCAGGAAAGCUGAACAGAAAAGCUUGAAAGUUGCACAGACGGGUCAGGUGGAUGGAGAACUAAUCAGAAGCUUAGAGCAAGAUCUAAAGGUAGCCAAAGAUGUAUCUGUCAGGCUGCACCAUGAACUGGAAAAUGUGGAGGAAAAGCGUGUUAAAGCAGAGGAUGAAAAUGAAGUCCUUCGUCAACAAAUCAUUGAGGUGGACAUAUCGAAACAGGCACUGCAAAAUGAGCUAGAUAAAUUGAAAGAGAACUCCCUGAAGAGAAGAGGCAGCAGGGAUAUUCAUAAAGAAAAGAAGGCAUUUGCUCAGGAAGACAGUGCUGAUUUGAAGUGCCAGCUUCAGUUUGCCAAAGAGGAAGCAGUACUAAUGCGUAAGAAGAUGGCCAAGCUAAGCAGGGAGAAAGAUGAACUGGAACAAGAACUUCAAAAGUACAAGUCCAUCUAUGGGGAUGUGGAAAGUCCUCUCCCCAUUGGAGAAGCUGGAGGACCACCCAGCACAAGAGAAGCUGAACUGAAGCUUCGUUUAAAACUGGUGGAAGAAGAAGCUAACAUAUUGGGCAGAAAGCUAGUAGAACUAGAGGUGGAAAACAGAGGUAUUAAGGCUGAGAUGGAGGAUAUGAGAUGCCAGUAUGAAAGAAUAUGUCUUAGCCAGGAACGUGUUUCAAGCAUUCCUACCUCACCUUAUGGUGACCCUGUGGAAUCAGCUGCAGAGUUGCGCCAUCAUUUGCAGUUUGUAGAAGAAGAAGCAGAACUGCUUAGGAGAUCAAUCUCUGAAAUUGAAGAUCACAAUAAGCAGUUAACAAAUGAAUUAAAUAAAUUCAAGGUUGACCCUGGACAAGAAUCUGGUUGGUUUGAUGAAAAUGUCUCCAAAUGCAGUGGAUCCUUACAAGAAGAACUGAAAUCAGCUCGGAUGCAAAUCAAUGAAUUGAGUGGAAAAGUGAUGAAACUCCAGUAUGAAAAUCGUGUACUGUUAUCUAAUGUGCAGCGCUAUGAUCUUGCCUCUCACCUAGGAUUGUGGUCAUCCAGCCCCAGGGACAGUGAUGCUGAGAGUGAGACAGGGAAGAAAGAGUGUGAGAGUGAAGAAAGUCAUCUACCUCAACCAAGGAGAGAGGGACCUAUUGGGGGUGAAAGUGAUUCUGAAGAUGUAUAUGAAAAGACAUCAGGUUUUGGGAGUGGGAAGCAAUCGGAAGUUAGUAACCUGUGUUCCACUGAAUUAACAAGGGCCAAAGAGAAUUCGGAAUCAUUGAUCAAUAUCAGGUGUGAGGCUGAAAGGCUUGAAAGAGCUAUGGAACGUCUUAUCAUUGAUACAGACAGUUUAAUAUAUGAAACAAAAGUCCACAUAAAUAGCAGUGCUUCCUCUGAGCAAUUUUUUAAAAACGAUGAAAAAAAAGGAAGCAAGAAUGAACCAGAACUUUUAAACACUAUUAAUUCAAGGAUGAAACAUUUUCAGAAAGAACUGCAAACCUUCUUGGAGAAGGUUGACAACAUUGGGGCUGGCUUCAAAGAACAGCUAGAAGAUCUUUCCCCUCUUCCUCACCUUACAGAAUCCUCUAGUUUUCUAUCCACAAUGACAUCCAUCUCUCGAGAUUCACCCAUUGGAAACCAAGGAAAGGAAUUAAUUAUAGAUUUCCAGUCCAAACAAAAGGAUCAGAUGGAAUGGCAGCUCAGCCAAGACCAUGGAGAUGAGAAAGAGAUUCAUCAACAACGAAGCACCACCGAACCACAUGGCAGAACUGAUGGAGACCUUAAAUUCUACAGGCCAGGAAACAGUUGUUUCAGUCUAGAGAAUAUAUCGAUACAGGAGCUUCAGGCUCAGCUUGAGCAGGAGGUGAAAUUUCGUCAAGAAGAGCAAGAAACAUUUUCAGAAAGGAUAAUUCAGUUGGAAGAAGGCCAUCUGCAAAGCUUACAAAGAAAAGAUUUGGAGGUACAAAGCUUGACUUUGCAGAACAAAUUGGAAGAGAAGACCUGGAGUCAGGAGAAAAAUCUGAUGGAUCAAGAACUCAGACAUUUCAAGCAGAACAUUUUUAUCCUCUAUGUCAAAUUGAAAUGGUUGCUGAAACAUUGGCGACACAGCAGGCAUAUAGAAAAGCAAGGAGAGGACAUACUUGAGUUGGAACACCUUGAUCCCAUGCUAGAAUUCACCUUUCAGUCUGAACAAAAAGGUGACAAAGAGGGGGAGGAAGAGGAAGAAGAAGAUACAGUUUUUGCAAUGACAAAUUACUCCCAUCAUUCCACAGUGGAAAUAAGUGACCAUGAACCACAACUACAGACAGCAGAGUUGUUGCAGCUACAAAAGCAGGCAAAGGAAAAUAGCCGACUCUUGCAUGCCCUGAAAAUAUUGUUGGAUAACUUCCAGUCAGAACUCCAAGAUGAUGAGCAAGAACGUCAUGAUUUGCAGCAACAAUAUGCCACUGACAAAGCUGCAUGGGAAAUGGAGUGGACUAAACUGAAGUGUCAGCUGGAGCAGCUGGAAGGGAAGAAUGAAAAAGCACAGAGUCAGACUGGUCUGGAUACCACAACAGCUUUCAAGAAGGAGAGAGAGGAACACAAGAAACUCUUGGCGGAAAGUCAUCAAUUAGUAAUGGACUUGCAAUGGCAAAUUCAACACAAUGAGAAAAACUGGAAAAGAGAAAAAGUAGAGCUUCUAGAACGGCUUGACAAAGACCGGCGAGAGUGGGAGAGGCAAAAAAAGGAUCUGCUCAGGAGGGUAGAACAGAAAGUAAAUUCAUCAAGAGGGGACACUAUCCUUUCUGAUUCAAAAGAAACUGCCUUUCAUUCAUUUUUAAACCAAGGGAACCAUCAUGUGCCUCAUUCAUUGGGGUCAAGGUCCUAUUCUGAUUCAGACACCAUGCAAUUUGAAGAUCGAUCACUGUCUAAAUUGAAAGAAAGUGACAGAUGCACUGCCACAGAAAACUUAUUUCUAGAUACAUUGUCUCUUGAUUCUCCAGACGAUUCUGAUGAACCUCAAUCACAGAUAUUGGAACGAGAGAGGUUCUUAACUGGUGUAAAUGAGGAAGAAGAAAUGCACAAGGGAAAUCUACAAAGGGCAAUGUCAGUUUCCUCUAUGUCAGAGUUCAAGCGUUUGAUGGACAUUUCUCCCUUUCUUCCUGAGAAGACUAUACCAUCCUCUAACACCAAAGAAGAUACAACACCUCCAUUAUCUCCUGAUGAUUUGAAAUACAUAGAGGAAUUUAACAAAAAUUGGGAUUACAACACUACCAGAAGCCAGAGUGGAGCUUUAGAAAGGCCUUCAGAUACAUGGGCAGAAAGGACAGAGAUGGGAAAAGCAGGAAAUAAUUCUGUUCCAAGUCCAUUCCAGCCAUCUUCAUGGUACCUUACCACAAGUGUUACUAUGACAACUAACACCAUGACAAGUCCUGAACACUGCCAGAAACAGUCACUGAGAAGUCACAUGGUUACAGAAAAAGUAGGAGUUAGAGUCUUUCAUAGUCCACCAGUUCGCAGGUUUGAUAACUCACUUGUCACUGGCGAUGAAGGGAAAAAUCAGCCUGAGACAGACUUUUUGUUUCCUGGGACCAAAGCUAAGGGAAAUAUGGGUGAGAUAAAAAGUGCUUCAUCAGAAGUGUUUGGACGAUGGCCUUGUGACCUCUCCAAACAUCAUAAUGAUUUCCUAGAAACUGGCCUUCAUCCAAUUGAACAUCCUAUCUGUACUACAGUGGGCUUUGCCUCAUCCUUGCACAAUCUGGAGCUGUCCAGAAACAUGAGUGAUGAUAUGAAAGAGGUAGCUUUUUCUGUCAGAAAUGCAAUACAUUCAAGCUCAACAGAUCUUCAGUUCAGAGACACAGCUUGUCAAACCAAUGGUAUGAGAACAAUGGGGACACAGACUACUCAAACAAUCAGUGUGGGCUUACAGACAGACACUUUGCGUACAAUCACCAGCAGUCCACAUAAAUGUCUGACUCCAAAAGGGGGCUCUACACCUGUUUCAUCACCAUCAAGAAGUUUAAGAAGCAGACAAAUGGCUACUGCUAUUGAAAAGGUCCAGGGCAAAUAUGAACGGACAUGCUGCUCUCCCAAGUAUGGCUCCCCAAAAUUACAGAAAAAAGUUUGUUCCAAAACAGAUCAGCCAAUUAACCGGACAUUACCAAGCACACCUCAGAAAGGAUUUAGUGAAUCUGCUUGGGCCAGAUCCACCACUACGAGAGAGAGUCCAGUUCAUACUACAAUAAAUGAUGGCCUCUCAAGUCUGUUCAAUAUCAUUGACCAUACCCCUAUAGCUUAUGAUACUUUCCAAAGAUGCUCCAGGUCCAACAGCCGGUCAAAAUCGGCAGAACCCAGGCCAGAACUUGAGCCUAUGCAAGAUAUGUGCACAGGUAUACGUGCCAGAUCACCUAGUCCCCUCCGUUUGUGCACAGAACCACAAAAAGAUGAAACAGGUGAAAUAAGUAUCAGGCAAGAUUUAUCUGCUCCUCCAGGAUACACCCUAACAGAAAAUGCUGCCAGAAUCCUGAACAAGAAAUUUAUAGAGAAUGCCUUAGCUUCACACAGCCCUCCAAGUCUUAGCAAUGAAAAUCGCACAAAAGAAGUAGUCAAAGAUGAUCCAGGAUCCAUAGAGGAACUACCUUGUUCUGCACUAGCUCCAUCCUUAGAAUCCUGCUUCUCCAGACCUGAGAGACCAGCAAAUCAGCGCCCACCUUCCCGAUGGGCCUUACAUUCUCCCACUGCCUCGCUUCAGAAGACUAUGUAAGCCAGGAACUGCUAUUGGAGAAUUCAAACCAAUGAUGCAAACCUGCAUGAAUUAUCACAUAAUAAUUUGCUGUCUUUUGUAUGAUAGAUCCAUUAUCAUGGCCAGUCUCUGUCAGUGAGAAGAGAUCAAGUUCCAGUGGUCAAAGAAUGUUCUAGCAUACAGCUUCUUAGUAUACAACUAGAGAAACCGUGAUGUUUCUAGAAUGAAACAGCUAAUGUGCCUGUUAAUAACUUAUUUUUUCAUAGCUCAGAAAACUAUUUUUGCUGCCAUCAUUUCUACACACAGUAUAUUAACUAAAAGGAUCUAAAAGCUAUACAGAUAAAGGUAAGAUUUUAAAUAAACAAAUUUUGUUUCAAGAGACAGUGAAUCUGUUCUCUCUCUUGCUCUCUAACUGUGGACUGCCUUCUGAUACAUUUGCACUGUUAAGAUUUACAUUAUUUGGCUAUUUUUCUGUCUUUUUGGUUUAAUAUCAGACUCUUAAUUUUAUUCAGUUUGGUUUCAUUGUAAAAAAGAAAUUUCAUAAAGGUGCUUUAGCAUAACUGAUGCAGUAAAUGUUAUUAGUGAAGGAAACCCUUGGACUAGUUAUCUUAAAUUAGAAGGGAAUAUAGAGAAUAUGACAUGUUUAGAAAAGGGAGGAGGAAGAGAGGAAGUGAGCUGUACAGUAAACACACACUCAAGAUCUGCAUGUCUUUAGGUUGUUAGCACUUUAGUGCAUGUACAUACUGCUUCAGUACUCUCACUGUCUAGAUCUCAGUCUCUUUCACUGUUACACAAUUGUGAAAUUAUCUGUACUGUACUUUUAAUGUUGGUAUUCUUGCUUUGAUUGUAUAAAAAGGUUUUUAAAUAGUUGUCAAAUAGUUCAACUGAAUAUGUACAGUGUUUAUUGAAAACUUCCCUUCUUUGGGGGAAAGCACUGAGAACUCUGGGCAUACUAAACUGUAACUGGUCUUGUUUUAAGUCUCUUGAGACCAUGUGGUGUGGAAAUAAACUCUUCAGCAUUUACAGAU